CAGAGGGACGGUCGGCUCGCGGAAAUCAGCCUUGCAGCUGGAAGAAGAAAGGAGAGGAAAAUGGAGAGCCACUGCAGAAUGACGGAAAACACUGGAUGAUGAGACUGUGAAAGGGCUAAUAGAUAGAUAAUUAUGUACAGCCAAUGAAUACACCAACGUGGUAGUAGAUUAUAUGAUUUAUCAGACUUGAAUUUGCACCGCGUUGGCUUAACCCGUUGUAGCCAGGUGAGAAUUAACAGCUAGGCUACCUCCUCUCUUCAGCAAUAACGGUUUAAACGGAGACAGGAGAUGGGCUGCGUCCGUGACGCCGCCUGGAUGCAAUCCGGGGACCGACCGGGAGACGUCGUCGCACUGCCGUCCCACUUUUAGAUGGCGCCCACAUUUGGGGUGCACUCGGAAUACAGGUGUCAGGGAAGUGUCGUCACGAACCCCGGAAGCCGGAGGCGUGAGCCGCUUCAGCGGAGAGCAAGAUGGCAGCGAAAUCUGAUGGUCGGGGGGUCAUCCGGGGAUUCGCCCAGCUGCACAACCUGGACGAGGUGGUGGGGACCGGCGAGGGCGACCCGAGGGAAGGCAGCUCCUUCCACAUCUGCCACUGCUGCAACACCUCGUCCUGUUACUGGGGCUGCCGGAGCGCCUGUCUGCAUUACCUCCGAGGCAAGGGGAAGGGGAGAGGCGGGGGAGGAGGAGGGGACACAGUGCUGGGGCGGCCGCCACAGGAAGAGCGCCUCUGGCUGGACUGUCUGUGGAUCAUCCUGGCCCUGUUCGUGUUCUUCUGGGACGUGGGGACGGACCUGGCGCUGGCCAUCGACUACUACCACAAGCAUGACUACCUCUGGUCCGGACUCACCCUCUUCUUGGUGCUGGUGCCCUCGGUGCUGGUCCAGAUCCUGAGCUUCAGGUGGUUCGUGCAGGAUUACACCGGGGGUGGUCUGGGCUCUGUGGAAGGGCUGAGCAACCGGAGAGCUACGGCAGGGCUGAGUGCACAGGGAAGGGACAGGUGCUGCCUGCUCUCUGUGUGGCUGUGGCAGACCCUCAUACACAUCUUCCAGAUGGGACAAGUAUGGAGGUACAUCCGUACCAUGUACCUGGGCAUCCAGAGUCAUCGUCGGAAGGAGAACCAGAGGCGGUUCUACUGGGCCAUGAUGUAUGAGUACGCCGACGUCAACAUGCUGCGUCUGCUGGAGACCUUCCUGGAGUCAGCUCCUCAGCUGGUCCUGCAGCUCUGUAUCAUGAUCCAGAGGAACCGGGCCGAGACCCUGCAAUGUAUGUCUGUGCUUGCCUCUCUGCUGUCUCUGUCCUGGGUGCUGGCCUCCUAUCACAAGCUCCUGCGUGACUCCCGUGACGACAAGAAGAGUCUGAGCUACCGUGGGGCCCUGGUACACCUGUUCUGGCGUCUCUUCACCAUCUCUUCCCGGGUCCUCUCCUUCGCCCUGUUCGCCUCCGUGUUCCAUCUCUACUUCGGCAUCUUCGUGGUGCUGCACUGGUGCGCCAUGGCCUUCUGGGUAAUCCACGGUGGCACCGACUUCUGCAUGUCCAAGUGGGAGGAAGUCCUGUUUAACAUGGUUGUGGGCGUGGUCUAUGUGUUCUGCUGGUUCAACGUGAGAGAGGGUCGGACGCGCUACCGUAUGGUCACCUACUACACCGUGGUGCUACUGGAGAACGCCGUGCUCACCGCUCUCUGGUACGCCUACCGCGACCCCGCCACCACCGACGCCUACGCCGGCUCUGCCCUCUGCAGCGUCUUCCUGUGCUUCGCCUCGGGCGUGGCCUGCAUGGUGCUGUAUUACGGGGUGCUGCACCCCAUGGGCCCAGGGCUCCGGGUCCUGGCCUCCUCCUGCUGCGCUGAACUGCUGUGGGGGCUCCCCCUGCCCCCUGAGGCCGAACCCAUGGCCCCCACCCCGGGUCCCAGAGUCUCCCAGGCCACCCCGACACGGGCCAUGGCAGGGGACUAUGAAGGAGACUAUGAAGCGGCUACAGACACCUGUCUGCCUGUGUUCCAGGUGAGGUCCACGGAGCCGGUGGACGCGGCCGGGAGACCCAUCCGGCCAGAGGGGCCCCUCAUCAAGAUAGAUAUGCCCAGAAAGCGCUACCCGGCCUGGGACGCACACUUUGUGGACCGGCGACUGCGCAGGACCAUAAACGUACUGCAGUACAUCAGCCCCAACGCGGUGGGCAUCAGGUAUAGGGAUGGACCGCUUCUUUAUGAGUUACUGCAGUACGAGUCCUCUCUCUGAAGGAAAACUCUCCUUCCUUCCUACUCUCUUUCUCUCUGUCUCUCUCUCUC